UCCUGUUGAUGACUAAUGUGAUGACUUUGAUUGAACAACAUGUUUAAUCAUAUACUUUCAUAUCAUAGAACAAUAUACAUCUUUCAUUGUCUUUGAGAUUAUAAACCUGUGUAUGUUUCGAACGAGAGAGCCAGUAUUUGCAACCAUUGUCUCUGUAUGCACACUCAAAUUUGGAACUCUUGGGUUCUUGGUGUGUUUCUGACAGCAUUAUCUACACCACUGACCAAAACAGCUUCACAUCCAACCAGUUUACGAGAGAAGACCGCAAGCAGUAACACAGCAGUUCUUUAUUUCUACAGAAGAGAAAAUGGCAUUAAAUAACAAAUCCAGAAGAGCAGAAAGUAACCGAUUCCUUAAACAAUCAAAGCCGUUGGAGACAGGCAACCCUUCAAUCCAUAGACUUAAUCUGCAAAGGAAAUAUGGACAAAAUGAGAGCUUUGACCAAUUCACAUUUGGGAAGAAAGCGGAUCAAGUGAAUAACAAGGUGAUAUUGCUUCUGGGGGCCACAGGUGAAGGAAAAACAACUCUGGUCAAUGUCAUGAUCAACUACAUUCUUGGGGUAAAGUGGGAAGACUGUUACCGCUUUAAGCUCAUCCAUGAGGUGACCAACAAGUCACAGGCUGAGAGUCAGACUUCAGUCGUAACGUCAUACGAGCUCUACAACCAGCCAGGCUUUCAGAUUCCUUAUUCUCUGACCAUCAUUGACACACCAGGGUUCGGAGACACCAGAGGAAUGGCUCAUGAUAAACUGAUCACAGGCCAGCUAAAGGAUUUCUUGUGUAACCCUUUAGGCAUCGAUCACAUUGAUGCAGUUGGCUUUAUAGUGAAUUCAUCCCACCCACGUCUUACUCCCCACCAGAAAUACAUUUUUGACUCCAUCCUGUCCAUCUUUGGAAAAGACAUUGCUGAAAACAUCUUGAUGCUUGUGACAUUUGUUGAUGGCAAAGCCAUACCUGUGCUGGAGGCCAUCAAAACUGCAGAUUUGCCCUGUCGGAAAAACAAUGAGGGACUACCAAUCCAUUUCAAAUUCAAUAAUUCAUCUCUGUACACUCAGAAAACGGAUGACUCCGAUGUUCUUGAUGGGGUACAGCAAAUUUUCUGGGAGUCAGGUUUUAAGCACAUGAAGGAAUUUUUCCAAGCCCUGGAAAACAUUGAGAGCAAAGAUCUGACCCUGACCAAGAAAGUGCUGGAAGAACGUGAGAGUCUGGAGAAGCACCUGAAAAACCUGAUCCCUCAAAUCACAGUUCUUCUGUCAAAGCGAGAUGAGAAUCAACACCUCAAACAGUGUCUGGAGAAGGAGGAAAAAAACAUGGAAGACAACAAAGACUUUGAGACAGAGGUAGAGGUUCAAGUAGAGAAGAGAACCAAAUUAAAUUGCUUUGUUACAAACUGUAACACAUGCAAGUCCACAUGCCACACCAGCUGCUUUCUCCCUAAUGAGGACGAUGUCAAAACGUGCGCAGUGAUGGAUGAUGAUGGCAACUGUGUCAUGUGUCCGGGAAACUGCUCUUACUUUGCCCACGAUAGGGAAAGGGCCUUAUGGACAUAUGAAACAAAGACAGAGAAAAGGACCGUGCAAGAAAUGAAGGACAACUUCAUGAAGGCACAGGGCAAGUUCAUGGACAACAAGCAGAUACUGGAAAAACUAGAUGAUGAAUUACGAAAGAAACAGGAAAAGCUGAAUCAUUGGGCAAACCUGUGCUCCAACUGUCUCAGCAGGCUUAGCGAGAUUGCGCUGAAGUCAAGUUCUCUCUCCACUAUGCAGUACAUUAGCAUGCUUAUUAAAACAGAGGAGGAUGAACACAAGCCGGGCUUUGACAAUCGGAUCAUAGGGUUGAAAAAAAUGAAACAGGAGUUUGAGAUUCUGGACAAGAUUGCAAGAGGGGAGAAUCUAAUCUAGUGACAUAAGAACAGGGGUACAUUUUUCAGGAUGCAACAUUUUGGUAACGUUUAGAUAGAAAUGUGCUAUGUAGAACAAACAUCCUCUCCGACAUGUAGAAUAAGGAAUCAAGUCGGCUCUAUUCGUGGCAUUUCCAUCUGCAACGGCUACUUCACUUUAUGGCAUAAAGUGUGAAAGAUCAACAAACCUCUGUUUAUUAUGGAAAUCUAAAAUUCCCAGCAGCUCAUUGAUAAAAAGAAACUGAAGAUAUUUCUCUGUUAUUUGUUAUGACAAAUUACAUGAACAAAUUAUGUAUGACUUUAAUCAUGUUUGGAAAAAAUAUUGUAAUGCCUUGAGCACUACAGAUAAACUAUAUAUACAAAAGUAUGUGUACACCCCUUCAAAUUAGUGGAUUCGGCCAUUUCAGUCACACCCGUUGCUGACAGGUGUAUAAAAUCGAGCACACAGCCAUGCAAUCUCCAUAGACAAACAUUGGCAGUAGAAUGGCCUUACUGAAGAGCUCCGUGACUUUCAACGUGGCACCGUCAUAGGAUGCCACUUUUCCAACAAGUCACUCCAUUAAAUUUCUGCCCUACUAGAGCUGGCCUGGUCAACUGUAAGUGCUGUUAUUGUGAAGUGGAAACGUCUAGGAGCAACAACGGCUCAGCCGCAAAGUGGGAAGACACAAAAGCUCACAGAACGGGGCCGCCGAUUGCUGAAGCGCAUAACGUGAAAAAAUGGUCUGUCCUUGGUUGAAACACUCACUACCGAGUUCCAAACUGCCUCUGGAAGCAACAUCAGCACAAUAACUGUUCGUCGGGAGCUUCAUGAAAUGGGCUUACAUGGCCGAGCAGCCGCACACAAGCCUAAGAUCACCAUGCGCAAUGCCAAGCGUCGGCUGGCGUGGAGUAAAUCUCCCCACCAUUGAACUCUGGAGCAUUGGAAACACGUUCUCUGGAGUGAUGAAUCACGCUUCACCAUCUGGCAGUCCUACGGACGAAUCCGUGUUUGGCGGAUGCCAGGAGAACGCUACCUGCCCAAAUGCAUAGUGCCAACUGUAAAAUUUGGUGGAGGAGGAAUAAUGGUCUGCGGCUGUUUUUCAUGGUUCAGGCUAGGCCCCUUAGUUCCAGUGAAGGGAAAUCUUAACCCUACAGCAUACUUUGUGGCAACAGUUUGGAGAAGGCCCUUUCCUGUUUCAGCAUGACAAUGCCCCGUACACAAAGCAAGGUCUAUAAGGAAAUAAGAUUGGUGUGGAAGAACUUGACUGGCCUGCACAGAGCCCUGACCACAACCCCAUUGAACACCUUUGGGAUAAAUUAGAACACUGACUGCGAGCCAGGCCUCAUCGCCCAACAUCAGUGCCCGACCUCACUAAUGCUCUUGUGACUGAAUGGAAGCAAGUCCCCGCAGCAAUGUUCCAACACCUAGUGGAAAGCCUUCCCAGAAGAGUGGAGGCUGUUAUAGCAGGAAAGGGUGGACCAACUCCAUAUUAAUGCCCAUGAUUUUGGAAUGAGAUGUUCGACAAGCAGGUGUCCACAUACUUUUGGUCAUGUAGUGUGUAUAUAUAGAACCACAAGCAUCAGGUACACUGUUUAGAAUGGUGUUCUCUCACGAAUUGCAUUUAAAGAAAUGUUUUUGAAAAUGCGUUUUUUUUUUAUUUGGCAGCUUCAUUACAGGAGUUGCAUGUUUGGUUAAGAUGUAUAACCAUAGUCUACGUACAUUUGGCCAUGCAGUGUAGUUUAUCUAAGAAGGCUUGGAUUACGUCCCCUACAUAUUUAUUUGGACAGUGAAGCUAAUACUUUUAAUUUGGCUCUUUACGCCAGCAUUUUGAGAUGUUAUAUGAGGCGACAGUUCAGAAUGUCACCUUUUAUUUGAGGGUAUUUUCAUACAUUUCUGUUUCAUCGUUUAGAAAUGAAAGCACUUUACGUAUCUUGUCCCGCCAUUUGAAGGUGUAAUAAGUAUUUGGACAAAUUCACUUAUGUUGUAUUACAUUUUGUCAAAAGUAAAAAAUGUGGUCCCAUAUUUCUAGCACGUAAUGAAUACAUCAAGCUUGUGACUCUACAAACUGGAUGCAUUUGCAGUUUGUUUUUGUUGUGUUUUGGAUUAUCUUGUUCCCAAUAGAAAUUAAUGGUAAAUAAUGUAUUGUGUGAUUUUGGAGUCACUUUUUUAUUGCAAAUAAGAAUAUAAUAUAUUUCUGAACACUUCUACAUUAAUGUGCACGCUGCCAUGAUUGAGAAAGUUAUAGAUGCAUAAAUAUCAUGCAAAACAUUUAUUCUCUAAUCCAAAAUGCUGCGUAUAGACCCAAAUGAUACGUUUUAGCUUCACUGUCCAAAUAAAUAUGUCAGGGGCGAGUACAUGUUCAGUCGUUUGUGUAACACCUGACUACCAUAACGUGUAGUACCACCGGUUCACCAUGAGGUGGCAGAAUACAUUUGAUUGACGUAAGCGCGACAGAUUUCCUAAUGUACAAAAUCUAAGUGAUCUAUGUUGGUAUGUAAUUUAAUAAUGGAUGUAAACUCUCCCUUGUUAGAAGAAAGUGUAAAAAAAAUAUAUUGGUAGCUUAAUAAACAUAAACACAAUGAACAAGUGUCAACAUUGAGAAUGAGAAGAGAACAGAGAGGGAUAUAUAUAUAUGUAUGUGUGUGUAUAUAUAUAUGUAUGUGUGUGUAUAUAUAUAUGUAUGUGUGUGUAUAUAUAUAUGUAUAUAUAUGCAUAUAUGUGCAUAUAUAUGUAUAUAUUUACAUUUAAGUCAUUUAGCAGACGCUCUUAUCCAGAGCGACUUACAAAUUGGUGCAUUCACCUUUAUGAUAUCCAGGAUUACUUUAUCCUAUCCUAGGUAUAUGUGUAUAUAUGUGUAUAUGUGUAUGUAUAUAUGUGUGUGUGUGUAUAUAUAUAUGUGUGUAUAUAUAUAUAUAUGGAAGGAUAAUAAUUUUUAAAUAGUCAACUGAGUGGGACUCCCUACGGCAGGGAUCAUCAACUAGAUUCAACCGGCGGGCCGAUUUGUUCUUGAGCGGAUGGUUGGGGAACAUGAUUACAAAUAAUUUGUAGACUGCAAAUGAAACGUAAGAAGCCCGAACAGAUACUGUAUAAUGUUUGCAUAAAACAUAACAACCAUUUCAAACCUUUCUCACUUAAGUCUGUCUAUUACGUGUGGAAUUUCUUCCAUUAAAAUCACGUGGAGCUGA